AUGAAUCUCAAUUGCUUGACCUGUCAAGGCAUGAAGAGGACAGAUUCAGAUGUUGAUAUGAGAAGCGGAUUGUACCAAGGAAAGCCGAAUGGCUACAUGGUUUUGCCUACAGUUGACAGGAGCUGGUCAGGAAAUCUGGUGCCAAGGCCUCCUAGUUAUGACAAUGUGCGAACUGGGACGAUUCUGAUGGCUGAAAAGAAUGCGAAUAAGGGUAAAUAUAGGAUCCACAAUAGUGCACCUUUCGAGACGGGCACGCCAAGAUUGGUAAGGAGCAGUGGGAUGAGAAGGGAUUGGAGCUUUGAGGAUGUGAGAAGGGUGAAUGCUUACCAUCUUCAUAAAUAG